AUGGAGUUAAUCAUGUCACGCGCGAAAGGUCGGGUGUACGCUACUAAGGCCGCAACUUAUGACGAGGAAGAGCGCGACGAACCCCAGGUGAACGACGAGCUGGUAGCCAAGGCGGGUGCUCAAAAGGCGAUCGCGGAAACAUAUCGCAAGGAGAACACGUGUAGGGCGGAGGAAUUAAAAGACUGCCUCGUGCUUAUAACGCACCUUGCUAAGAAGGCCACGGAAGUUGACGCGUCCACUCUCACCUGGGAGGUGUACACCAAGAAGUCUUGCGAUGAGUUUCUGUUCGACCGAGAGAAGCUCAAUCUCUGUCCCGAUGCUGAUGACAUGCUGAAGUCCCUCAUAAUCCCGUUUUCCACCGACGGUUUUGUUCAAUGUGCUGCUCUCUGGGACUCUGAGUGGGACGGGUCCCUCCCGAUUGCCUUGUUUCCUGAGCAGCUUCUUGUGCUGCUUGCAGUGGCGCAGUUCACGCGUUCCGGGGAUCCUGGAGCUCUCGCCAGGCAGGCACGGGUGGUGCAGCGUUGGAUCAACGCCACCCAAGUUAAGCGCGAGGGAGAGUGCAUUGGCAUCGGGAAGUUGUGCAUCGUCGGUUGGACCGACAUUUCUGACGAGGAGCUCGAGGGGGAUGAGCUUGGUGACCUGUCCCCUGAAGAUCUUGUCCCGACCAGCGCUCAUCGCAGGGUUCAUGACCCGAACGAGUUACACCUCCUGGGUGCACUCAUUUCCCCCCGCCCCCCACUUUGCACUCAUUACGAUGCCCCCCUGUGUCCACUCAACGUCCCCCAUACGCGUCACCUCCUCACCCUCUCUCCCCUCUUUCUAACUCCGUCGAUCACUUUUCCACCUCCUGCUUCCCCUCCUUUUCCCCCCUACUUCCCCUCUUUUUCCCACUGCUUCUCCUCGAUGAAGCCGUGCCUUCGCAUGGGAGAGAGCAGGGCAGUGGGGCGGAAGGGAGGAAGAGGGGAGCGGAGGGGAGGAGGGGGGAGACAUGGCGGAACUGAGGCGGCAGGUGACGAUGCCAGGGGGCGCCACAUCGCCGCCUCGCCUACUCAGCAAGUAAUCGCCGCCCCACCGCCGCCACAUCGCCGCAUCGCCGCCACAUCGCUGCCUCUCCCCCCUGUCCUUCUCUCUCCCCGCUGUCCUUCUCUCUCCCCGCUGUCCUUCUCUCUCCCCCCUGUCCUUCUCUCUACCCCUGCCCUUCUCUCUCCCCCCUGUCCUUCUCUCUCCCCCCUGUCCUUCUCUCUUCCCCCUGUCCUCCUCUCUCCCCAUCCAACCUCGCCCCAUUCAUCCUCACCCCAUCUCCUCCUCACCCCAUUCCACCUCACUCCAUUCCGCCCCACCCCAUUCCGCCUCACCCCAUUCCACCUCACCCCAUUCCGCCCCACCCCAUUCCACCUCACCCCAUUCCGCCCCACCCCAUUCCGCCCCACCUCAUUCCGCCCCACCCCAUUCCGCCUCAACCAAUACGUCACCCACCCACCCGCCAUAGCCGCCCUUCCUCUCCCUCUCAUUGCCUCUCGCGGAAUCUGGUCACCCCGCCUUGAUCUCCCUGCCAUCUUACUUCGCACCCCCCUCUUCUCCUCUUCUCUUCUCUUACUUUGCCAUCCCCCUCUUCCCUUCCUUCCUCCUCAACCCAUCUCCUCCUCACCCUCCUGUUCCUCCUUUCAUGCAUCCUUUCAGUCCUCUGUUCCUCCUUUCAUGCAUCCUUUCAGUCCUCUGUUCCUCCUUUCAUGCAUCCUUUCAGUCCCCUGUUCCUCCUUUCAUGCAUCCUUUCAGUCCCCUGUUCCUCCCUUCAUGCAUCCUUUCAGUCCUCUGUUCCUCCUUUCAUGCAUCCUUUCAGUCCUCUGUUCCUCCUUUCAUGCAUCCUUUCAGUCCUCUGUUCCUCCUUUCAUGCAUCCUUUCAGUCCUCUGUUCCUCCUUUCAUGCAUCCUUUCAGUCCUCUGUUCCUCCUUUCAUGCAUCCUUUCAGUCCUCUGUUCCUCCUUUCAUGCAUCCUUUCAGUCCUCUGUUCCUCCUUUCAUGCAUCCUUUCAGUCCUCUGUUCCUCCUUUCAUGCAUCCUUUCAGUCCCCUGUUCCUCCUUUCAUGCAUCCUUUCAGUCCCCUGUUCCUCCUUUCAUGCAUCCUUUCAGUCCUCUGUUCCUCCCUUCAUGCAUCCUUUCAGUCCCCUGUUCCUCCUUUCAUGCAUCCUUUCAGUCCUCUGUUCCUCCCUUCAUGCAUCCUUUCAGUCCCCUGUUCCUCCUUUCAUGCAUCCUUUCAGUCCUCUGUUCCUCCUUUCAUGCAUCCUUUCAGUCCUCUGUUCCUCCUUUCAUGCAUCCUUUCAGUCCUCUGUUCCUCCUUUCAUGCAUCCUUUCAGUCCUCUGUUCCUCCUUUCAUGCAUCCUUUCAGUCCUCUGUUCCUCCUUUCAUGCAUCCUUUCAGUCCUCUGUUCCUCCUUUCAUGCAUCCUUUCAGUCCUCUGUUCCUCCUUUCAUGCAUCCUUUCAGUCCUCUGUUCCUCCUUUCAUGCAUCCUUUCAGUCCUCUGUUCCUCCUUUCAUGCAUCCUUUCAGUCCUCUGUUCCUCCUUUCAUGCAUCCUUUCAGUCCUCUGUUCCUCCUUUCAUGCAUCCUUUCAGUCCUCUGUUCCUCCUUUCAUGCAUCCUUUCAGUCCUCUGUUCCUCCUUUCAUGCAUCCUUUCAGUCCUCUGUUCCUCCUUUCAUGCAUCCUUUCAGUCCUCUGUUCCUCCUUUCAUGCAUCCUUUCAGUCCUCUGUUCCUCCCUUCAUGCAUCCUUUCAGUCCUCUGUUCCUCCUUUCAUGCAUCCUUUCAGUCCUCUGUUCCUCCCUUCAUGCAUCCUUUCAGUCCUCUGUUCCUCCUUUCAUGCAUCCUUUCAGUCCUCUGUUCCUCCCUUCAUGCAUCCUUUCAGUCCUCUGUUCCUCCUUUCAUGCAUCCUUUCAGUCCUCUGUUCCUCCCUUCAUGCAUCCUUUCAGUCCUCUGUUCCUCCUUUCAUGCAUCCUUUCAGUCCUCUGUUCCUCCCUUCAUGCAUCCUUUCAGUCCUCUGUUCCUCCUUUCAUGCAUCCUUUCAGUCCUCUGUUCCUCCUUUCAUGCAUCCUUUCAGUCCUCUGUUCCUCCUUUCAUGCAUCCUUUCAGUCCUCUGUUCCUCCCUUCAUGCAUCCUUUCAGUCCUCUGUUCCUCCUUUCAUGCAUCCUUUCAGUCCUCUGUUCCUCCCUUCAUGCAUCCUUUCAGUCCUCUGUUCCUCCCUUCAUGCAUCCUUUCAGUCCUCUGUUCCUCCCUUCAUGCAUCCUUUCAGUCCUCUGUUCCUCCUUUCAUGCAUCCUUUCAGUCCUCUGUUCCUCCCUUCAUGCAUCCUUUCAGUCCUCUGUUCCUCCUUUCAUGCAUCCUUUCAGUCCUCUGUUCCUCCUUUCAUGCAUCCUUUCAGUCCUCUGUUCCUCCUUUCAUGCAUCCUUUCAGUCCUCUGUUCCUCCCUUCAUGCAUCCUUUCAGUCCUCUGUUCCUCCUUUCAUGCAUCCUUUCAGUCCUCUGUUCCUCCUUUCAUGCAUCCUUUCAGUCCUCUGUUCCUCCCUUCAUGCAUCCUUUCAGUCCUCUGUUCCUCCUUUCAUGCAUCCUUUCAGUCCUCUGUUCCUCCUUUCAUGCAUCCUUUCAGUCCUCUGUUCCUCCCUUCAUGCAUCCUUUCAGUCCUCUGUUCCUCCUUUCAUGCAUCCACUCAGUCCUCUGUUCCUCCCUUCCCUUCAUGCAUCCUUUCAGUCCUCUGUUCCUCCUUUCAUGCAUCCUUUCAGUCCUCUGUUCCUCCUUUCAUGCAUCCUUUCAGUCCUCUGUUCCUCCUUUCAUGCAUCCUUUCAGUCCUCUGUUCCUCCCUUCAUGCAUCCUUUCAGUCCUCUGUUCCUCCCUUCCCUUAUCCUUUCAGUCCUCUGUUCCUCCUUUCAUGCAUCCUUUCAGUCCUCUGUUCCUCCGUUCAUGCAUCCUUUCAGUCCUCUGUUCCUCCUUUCAUGCAUCCUUUCAGUCCUCUGUUCCUCCCUUCAUGCAUCCUUUCAGUCCUCUGUUCCUCCUUUCAUGCAUCCUUUCAGUCCUCUGUUCCUCCUUUCAUGCAUCCUUUCAGUCCUCUGUUCCUCCCUUCAUGCAUCCUUUCAGUCCUCUGUUCCUCCUUUCAUGCAUCCUUUCAGUCCUCUGUUCCUCCUUUCAUGCAUCCUUUCAGUCCUCUGUUCCUCCCUUCAUGCAUCCUUUCAGUCCUCUGUUCCUCCUUUCAUGCAUCCUUUCAGUCCUCUGUUCCUCCUUUCAUGCAUCCUUUCAGUCCUCUGUUCCUCCUUUCAUGCAUCCUUUCAGUCCUCUGUUCCUCCUUUCAUGCAUCCUUUCAGUCCUCUGUUCCUCCCUUCAUGCAUCCUUUCAGUCCUCUGUUCCUCCCUUCAUGCAUCCUUUCAGUCCUCUGUUCCUCCUUUCAUGCAUCCUUUCAGUCCUCUGUUCCUCCUUUCAUGCAUCCUUUCAGUCCUCUGUUCCUCCUUUCAUGCAUCCUUUCAGUCCUCUGUUCCUCCUUUCAUGCAUCCUUUCAGUCCUCUGUUCCUCCUUCCUCCCUUCAUGCAUCCUUUCAGUCCUCUGUUCCUCCCUUCAUGCAUCCUUUCAGUCCUCUGUUCCUCUGUUCCUCCCUUCAUGCAUCCUUUCAGUCCUCUGUUCCUCCUUUCAUGCAUCCUUUCAGUCCUCUGUUCCUCCUUUCAUGCAUCCUUUCAGUCCUCUGUUCCUCCUUUCAUGCAUCCUUUCAGUCCUCUAUUCCUCCUUUCAUGCAUCCUUUCAGUCCUCUGUUCCUCCCUUCAUGCAUCCUUUCAGUCCUCUGUUCCUCCCUUCAUGCAUCCUUUCAGUCCUCUGUUCCUCCUUUCAUGCAUCCUUUCAGCCCUCUGUUCCUCCUUUCAUUCAUCCUUUCAGCCCUCUGUUCCUCCCUUCAUGCAUCCUUUCAGCCCUCUGUUCCUCCUUUCAUGCAUCCUUUCAGCCCUCUGUUCCUCCUUUCAUGCAUCCUUUCAGCCCUCUGUUCCUCCCUUCAUGCAUCCUUUCAGCCCUCUGUUCCUCCUUUCAUGCAUCCUUUCAGCCCUCUGUUCCUCCUUUCAUGCAUCCUUUCAGCCCUCUGUUCCUCCCUUCAUGCAUCCUUUCAGCCCUCUGUUCCUCCCUUCAUGCAUCCUUUCAGCCCUCUGUUCCUCCUUUCAUGCAUCCUUUCAGCCCUCUGUUCCUCCCUUCAUGCAUCCUUUCAGCCCUCUGUUCCUCCCUUCAUGCAUCCUUUCAGCCCUCUGUUCCUCCUUUCAUGCAUCCUUUCAGCCCUCUGUUCCUCCCUUCAUGCAUCCUUUCAGCCCUCUGUUCCUCCUUUCAUGCAUCCUUUCAGCCCUCUGUUCCUCCUUUCAUGCAUCCUUUCAGCCCUCUGUUCCUCCCUUCAUGCAUCCUUUCAGCCCUCUGUUCCUCCUUUCAUGCAUCCUUUCAGCCCUCUGUUCCUCCCUUCAUGCAUCCUUUCAGCCCUCUGUUCCUCCUUUCAUGCAUCCUUUCAGCCCUCUGUUCCUCCCUUCAUGCAUCCUUUCAGCCCUCUGUUCCUCCUUUCAUGCAUCCUUUCAGCCCUCUGUUCCUCCCUUCAUGCAUCCUUUCAGCCCUCUGUUCCUCCUUUCAUGCAUCCUUUCAGCCCUCUGUUCCUCCCUUCAUGCAUCCUUUCAGCCCUCUGUUCCUCCUUUCAUGCAUCCUUUCAGCCCUCUGUUCCUCCUUUCAUGCAUCCUUUCAGCCCUCUGUUCCUCCUUUCAUGCAUCCUUUCAGCCCUCUGUUCCUCCUUUCAUGCAUCCUUUCAGCCCUCUGUUCCUCCUUUCAUGCAUCCUUUCAGCCCUCUGUUCCUCCUUUCAUGCAUCCUUUCAGCCCUCUGUUCCUCCUUUCAUGCAUCCUUUCAGCCCUCUGUUCCUCCUUUCAUGCAUCCUUUCAGCCCUCUGUUCCUCCUUUCAUGCAUCCUUUCAGCCCUCUGUUCCUCCUUUCAUGCAUCCUUUCAGCCCUCUGUUCCUCCUUUCAUGCAUCCUUUCAGCCCUCUGUUCCUCCCUUCAUGCAUCCUUUCAGCCCUCUGUUCCUCCCUUCAUGCAUCCUUUCAGCCCUCUGUUCCUCCUUUCAUGCAUCCUUUCAGCCCUCUGUUCCUCCUUUCAUGCAUCCUUUCAGCCCUCUGUUCCUCCUUUCAUGCAUCCUUUCAGCCCUCUGUUCCUCCUUUCAUGCAUCCUUUCAGCCCUCUGUUCCUCCUUUCAUGCAUCCUUUCAGCCCUCUGUUCCUCCUUUCAUGCAUCCUUUCAGCCCUCUGUUCCUCCUUUCAUGCAUCCUUUCAGCCCUCUGUUCCUCCUUUCAUGCAUCCUUUCAGCCCUCUGUUCCUCCUUUCAUGCAUCCUUUCAGCCCUCUGUUCCUCCCUUCAUGCAUCCUUUCAGCCCUCUGUUCCUCCUUUCAUGCAUCCUUUCAGCCCUCUGUUCCUCCUUUCAUGCAUCCUUUCAGCCCUCUGUUCCUCCUUUCAUGCAUCCUUUCAGCCCUCUGUUCCUCCUUUCAUGCAUCCUUUCAGCCCUCUGUUCCUCCCUUCAUGCAUCCUUUCAGCCCUCUGUUCCUCCUUUCAUGCAUCCUUUCAGCCCUCUGUUCCUCGUUUCAUGCAUCCUUUCAGCCCUCUGUUCCUCCUUUCAUGCAUCCUUUCAGCCCUCUGUUCCUCCUUUCAUGCAUCCUUUCAGCCCUCUGUUCCUCCUUUCAUGCAUCCUUUCAGCCCUCUGUUCCUCCUUUCAUGCAUCCUUUCAGCCCUCUGUUCCUCCUUUCAUGCAUCCUUUCAGCCCUCUGUUCCUCCUUUCAUGCAUCCUUUCAGCCCUCUGUUCCUCCUUUCAUGCAUCCUUUCAGCCCUCUGUUCCUCCUUUCAUGCAUCCUUUCAGUCCUCUGUUCCUCCGUUCAUGCAUCCUUUCAGUCCUCUGUUCCUCCUUUCAUGCAUCCUUUCAGUCCUCUGUUCCUCCCUUCAUGCAUCCUUUCAGUCCUCUGUUCCUCCUUUCAUGCAUCCUUUCAGUCCUCUGUUCCUCCUUUCAUGCAUCCUUUCAGUCCUCUGUUCCUCCUUUCAUGCAUCCUUUCAGUCCUCUGUUCCUCCUUUCAUGCAUCCUUUCAGUCCUCUGUUCCUCCUUUCAUGCAUCCUUUCAGUCCUCUGUUCCUCCUUUCAUGCAUCCUUUCAGUCCUCUGUUCCUCCUUUCAUGCAUCCUUUCAGUCCUCUGUUCCUCCUUUCAUGCAUCCUUUCAGUCCUCUGUUCCUCCCUUCAUGCAUCCUUUCAGUCCUCUGUUCCUCCUUUCAUGCAUCCUUUCAGUCCUCUGUUCCUCCCUUCAUGCAUCCUUUCAGUCCUCUGUUCCUCCCUUCAUGCAUCCUUUCAGUCCUCUGUUCCUCCCUUCAUGCAUCCUUUCAGUCCUCUGUUCCUCCCUUCAUGCAUCCUUUCAGUCCUCUGUUCCUCCCUUCAUGCAUCCUUUCAGUCCUCUGUUCCUCCCUUCAUGCAUCCUUUCAGUCCUCUGUUCCUCCCUUCAUGCAUCCUUUCAGUCCUCUGUUCCUCCCUUCAUGCAUCCUUUCAGUCCUCUGUUCCUCCUUUCAUGCAUCCUUUCAGUCCUCUGUUCCUCCUUUCAUGCAUCCUUUCAGUCCUCUGUUCCUCCUUUCAUGCAUCCUUUCAGUCCUCUGUUCCUCCUUUCAUGCAUCCUUUCAGUCCUCUGUUCCUCCUUUCCUCUGUUCCUCCCUUCAUGCAUCCUUUCAGUCCUCCCUCUGUUCCUCCCUUCAUGCAUCCUUUCAGUCCUCCCUCUGUUCCUCCCUUCAUGCAUCCUUUCAGUCCUCCCUCUGUUCCUCCUUUCAUGCAUCCUUUCAGUCCUCUGUUCCUCCCUUCAUGCAUCCUUUCAGUCCUCUGUUCCUCCCUUCAUGCAUCCUUUCAGUCCUCUGUUCCUCCUUUCAUGCAUCCUUUCAGUCCUCUGUUCCUCCCUUCAUGCAUCCUUUCAGUCCUCUGUUCCUCCCUUCAUGCAUCCUUUUAGUCCUCUGUUCCUCCUUUCAUGCAUCCUUUCAGUCCUCUGCUCUGUUCCUCCCUUCAUGCAUCCUUUCAGUCCUCUGCUCUGUUCCUCCCUUCAUGCAUCCUUUCAGUCCUCCCUCUGUUCCUCCCUUCAUGCAUCCUUUCAGUCCUCCCUCCCUCCUUUCAUGCAUCCUUUCAGUCCUCUGUUCCUCCUUUCAUGCAUCCUUUCAGUCCUCUGUUCCUCCUUUCAUGCAUCCUUUCAGUCCUCUGUUCCUCCUUUCAUGCAUCCUUUCAGUCCUCUGUUCCUCCCUUCAUGCAUCCUUUCAGUCCUCUGUUCCUCCUUUCAUGCAUCCUUUCAGUCCUCUGUUCCUCCUUUCAUGCAUCCUUUCAGUCCUCUGUUCCUCCUUUCAUGCAUCCUUUCAGUCCUCUGUUCCUCCCUUCAUGCAUCCUUUCAGUCCUCUGUUCCUCCCUUCAUGCAUCCUUUCAGUCCUCUGUUCCUCCUUUCAUGCAUCCUUUCAGUCCUCUGUUCCUCCUUUCAUGCAUCCUUUCAGUCCUCUGUUCCUCCUUUCAUGCAUCCUUUCAGUCCUCUGUUCCUCCUUUCAUGCAUCCUUUCAGUCCUCUGUUCCUCCUUUCAUGCAUCCUUUCAGUCCUCUGUUCCUCCCUUCAUGCAUCCUUUCAGUCCUCUGUUCCUCCUUUCAUGCAUCCUUUCAGUCCUCUGUUCCUCCUUUCAUGCAUCCUUUCAGUCCUCUGUUCCUCCUUUCAUGCAUCCUUUCAGUCCUCUGUUCCUCCCUUCAUGCAUCCUUUCAGUCCUCUGUUCCUCCUUUCAUGCAUCCUUUCAGUCCUCUGUUCCUCCGUUCAUGCAUCCUUUCAGUCCUCUGUUCCUCCUUUCAUGCAUCCUUUCAGUCCUCUGUUCCUCCUUUCAUGCAUCCUUUCAGUCCUCUGUUCCUCCUUUCAUGCAUCCUUUCAGUCCUCUGUUCCUCCUUUCAUGCAUCCUUUCUGUCCUCUGUUCCUCCUUUCAUGCAUCCUUUCAGUCCUCUGUUCCUCCUUUCAUGCAUCCUUUCAGUCCUCUGUUCCUCCUUUCAUGCAUCCUUUCAGUCCUCUGUUCCUCCCUUCAUGCAUCCUUUCAGUCCUCUGUUCCUCCCUUCAUGCAUCCUUUCAGUCCUCUGUUCCUCCUUUCAUGCAUCCUUUCAGUCCUCUGUUCCUCCUUUCAUGCAUCCUUUCAGUCCUCUGUUCCUCCUUUCAUGCAUCCUUUCAGUCCUCUGUUCCUCCUUCCUCCCUUCAUGCAUCCUUUCAGUCCUCUGUUCCUCCUUCCUCCCUUCAUGCAUCCUUUCAGUCCUCUGUUCCUCUGUUCCUCCCUUCAUGCAUCCUUUCAGUCCUCUGUUCCUCCUUUCAUGCAUCCUUUCAGUCCUCUGUUCCUCCUUUCAUGCAUCCUUUCAGUCCUCUGUUCCUCCUUUCAUGCAUCCUUUCAGUCCUCUGUUCCUCCUUUCAUGCAUCCUUUCAGUCCUCUGUUCCUCCCUUCAUGCAUCCUUUCAGUCCUCUGUUCCUCCCUUCAUGCAUCCUUUCAGUCCUCUGUUCCUCCUUUCAUGCAUCCUUUCAGCCCUCUGUUCCUCCUUUCAUGCAUCCUUUCAGCCCUCUGUUCCUCCCUUCAUGCAUCCUUUCAGCCCUCUGUUCCUCCUUUCAUGCAUCCUUUCAGCCCUCUGUUCCUCCUUUCAUGCAUCCUUUCAGCCCUCUGUUCCUCCUUUCAUGCAUCCUUUCAGCCCUCUGUUCCUCCCUUCAUGCAUCCUUUCAGCCCUCUGUUCCUCCCUUCAUGCAUCCUUUCAGCCCUCUGUUCCUCCUUUCAUGCAUCCUUUCAGCCCUCUGUUCCUCCUUUCAUGCAUCCUUUCAGCCCUCUGUUCCUCCUUUCAUGCAUCCUUUCAGCCCUCUGUUCCUCCUUUCAUGCAUCCUUUCAGCCCUCUGUUCCUCCUUUCAUGCAUCCUUUCAGCCCUCUGUUCCUCCUUUCAUGCAUCCUUUCAGCCCUCUGUUCCUCCUUUCAUGCAUCCUUUCAGCCCUCUGUUCCUCCUUUCAUGCAUCCUUUCAGCCCUCUGUUCCUCCUUUCAUGCAUCCUUUCAGCCCUCUGUUCCUCCUUUCAUGCAUCCUUUCAGCCCUCUGUUCCUCCUUUCAUGCAUCCUUUCAGCCCUCUGUUCCUCCUUUCAUGCAUCCUUUCAGCCCUCUGUUCCUCCUUUCAUGCAUCCUUUCAGCCCUCUGUUCCUCCUUUCAUGCAUCCUUUCAGUCCUCUGUUCCUCCUUUCAUGA